UGGGGGCGGCGGGCCAUGGCGGGCCGGGGCUGCAGCCUGCUGCGAAUCGCUCGCCGGACCUGCAGCUCCGGGGCCCCAAGGACCCGAGCCCGCGGAGCCCAGCCCGCCCCGGCCUCGGCCAAGGAGCGGUCCCCAGCGAGCCAGCCGGGCUUCCCGAAAGAGACCGCCGCCCCCUCCUCCCCGUUCCUGACGGACAGCUUUGGCCGCCAGCACACCUACCUUCGCAUCUCGCUGACGGAGAAGUGCAACCUCAGAUGUCAGUACUGCAUGCCCGAGGAGGGCGUCCCUCUGACCCCCAAGGCGGACCUGCUGACCACGCCGGAGAUCCUGCGCCUGGCCCGGCUCUUUGUCCAGGAAGGGGUGGACAAGAUCCGGCUGACUGGAGGCGAGCCCCUGAUCCGGCCCGAUGUGGUGGACAUUGUGGCUCAGCUGCGCCAGCUGCCGGGACUGAAGACCCUCGCGGUCACCACCAACGGCCUCAACCUGGCCCGGAUGCUGCCCCGGCUCCAAGAGGCCGGGCUGGACGCCAUCAACGUCAGCCUGGACACGCUGGUGCCCGCCAAGUUCGAGUUCAUCGUCCGCAGGAAAGGCUUCCACAAGGUCAUGGAGGGCAUCCACAAGGCCAUCGAACUGGGCUACGACCCCAUCAAGGUGAACUGUGUGGUGAUGCGCGGCCUGAACGAGGACGAACUGCCGGACUUCGUGGCGCUGAGCGAGCGGCUGCCCGUGGACGUGCGAUUCAUCGAGUAUAUGCCCUUUGACGGCAACAAGUGGAACUUCAAGAAGAUGGUGAGCUACAAGGAGAUGCUGGACACUAUCCAAGGGCGCUGGCCGGAGCUGGUCAAGCUGCCGGUCGAGGCCUCCAGCACGGCUAAGACCUACAAAGUCCCCCACUUCCUGGGGCAGAUCAGCUUCAUCACCUCCAUGUCCGAUCACUUCUGCGGGAGCUGCAACCGGCUGAGGAUCACGGCUGACGGGAAUCUCAAGGUGUGCCUCUUCGGGAGUUCGGAGGUGUCCCUGAGGGACCAUCUGCGGGCCGGGGCCCCGGAGGAGGAGCUGAUGCGGGUCAUCGGAGCAGCCGUGCGCAGGAAGAAGCGGCAGCACGCCGGCAUGUUCAACAUCUCCCAGAUGAAGAAUCGGCCCAUGAUCCUCAUCGAUCACCCACCGCUCCGAGCCGUCCGGCCGCGCCUCCCCGCCGAGCCGUCCUGGGGCCCCGCUCCGGGCCCGUGGCCGACGUCCAGGCGGCCCGUGCCCGGCGGGACGGACCCCAGGUGGGUCCUGGUGAUCCCCAGGGCCGGCCCGGGGCGGGCCCCGCUCCGACACCGCUGCUCCGGCCCCAAGGACUCCGACCCCGACGCCGCGUGCCUUCCGACCGGCGGCCCCCCGGGGUCCCCGCCCGGCGCGGACCGCCUGACCCACGUGGACGCGGAGGGCCGGGCCGCCAUGGUGGACGUGGGCGGGAAGCCGGCCACGGAGCGGACGGCCGUGGCCUCGGCCCUGGUGCGCCUGGGGCCCCGGGCCUUCGCCCUGCUGCGGGAGAACCGGCUGCAGAAGGGGGACGCCCUGGCCGUGGCCCAGCUGGCCGGCAUCCAGGGGGCCAAGCUGACCAGCCAGCUGAUCCCGCUGUGCCACCACGUGGCCCUGAGCCAGGUGCGGGUACGGCUGGCCCUGGACGAGGGGCGCGGGGCCGUGCGGGUGGAGGCCACGUGCCGUGCCCGGGGGCCCACCGGGGUGGAGAUGGAGGCGCUGACGGCCGCCAGCCUGGCCGCGUUGACCCUCUACGACAUGUGCAAGGCCGUCAGCAGGGACAUCGUGGUGGAGGAGGUGAGGCUGAUCUCCAAGACCGGCGGGCAGCGUGGAGACUUCUACUACGACCCUCCGGCCAACGCCCCGAGCUAGGCCCUCUGGGGCGCGGGCCGAGCCUCGCUCCGCCCGGGUGGACCGUGACCCGCCUAGAGUCUCUUCCCCCGCGUUACGGGGGCCGGCAGCCAAUGGAGAAUUCCUCCCUGGUGUCUGCCCGGUUCCGUGCUCCGGCCCCAUCCGGGUUUCCCCGAGCCCCGCCCGCUCUCCAGUAUCAACAGCGCCGGCAUCGGGAGUGAUGGUCAUUUGCCAUCCCGGGAGAUGCCAGGACCGCCCGCCCCCGCCCCCCGUCACCCCGGCCUUGCCCAGAGGUGCCCCCAAGGAGCCCUGGAGCCUGGCUGCAGCGGCUCCUCCCCUCUCCCCCGUCCCCGGAGCCGACACUGAUGCCGGACAGCAGGAAACGGCCUCGGGGAAGGAAGAGGAAAAAGCCGUGAGACCGACCGGAUACCCCACGCCCUGCCCUGCCUCGGAGGCCGUCGGAUCGCCGGACCGUGACGGCUCGCGAGCGGAUGCCGCUUGUCCCACGACCUGCCCUCCUGCCCGGCCUGUAUCUCGCCCGCGGGGGCCGCGGCAGCUCAGUUCCUCUGCGGACCCCUGGGAAUUCUGUGGGAUCCCUGCAGGGACCUCCCUCUUCCCCCUCCCCCCGAGACCGGCUCAGCCUUGCAUCAGAAGUAAUAAAUAAUCAUCGCAUUUGGUAA